ACGCACACAGCACAUCCACGCCCGCAUUUUGCCCACUUACUCAACAUCGCAAGUUACCAUGAACCAUUGAAACAUCCAAUGCUUGUCGUAUUCUUAUUUCAAUCGAGAUUUUAACCAAUUCAUCGGUGUUCGAGGAGAGCACGGAAAUCGCAGACAUCCGCGGCCAGGAAGGCAUAAACACGCUCAAGUUGAACAACAUGACGGGCUCUACACCCCCCAUCAAUGCCCUGUCCAGGCUCGUAGAGAGUGCCUCCGAAUCCGAAGUAGACGACGCGCCAGUCCAAGUCCCUCGCCGAAAGCUCUUAGCAGGGCUGCGACCUACCGCCGUCCAUGAGGACUCAGAAAGCGAAGAUGAUGGGAAUGCUUAUGAAAGGGUCAAGAAGAUGCUCAUGGCCAAUACGAGCAAUACAGAGUCUCGCGUAGAGCAUUCAGAUGCAACGAACUUCUCCCCCCAACCUGAGAAUUCUGAAGAAGAGGAGGACAUGCCAGCACAAGCAAACCGCCGAAGACGGAUAUCGCGAAAGGCCCCCACUAGCUCCCCUCCGGAAUCACCUCGCAGCACGCGUUUUCGAUCAUCAUCACCAGGGCUCUUCGUCACACCACAGCCGUCACCAUCAACGCGCCGAUCCAAGACCCCACUUUCGCCAGCUGCAGAAACAGACAGCGACGCAGAGCCUACCGUUACCAAAGAUUUGGAGGAGCGGGUCCGCCGUAUUCGUGCUGAAAGAGUAGCUGCACAAGCUAAGGAGCGUAGGAAGGCUGCACGAUGGAACAACGCAAAGGAGAAUUCAUCUGCCGGUUCCGAAAGCGACUCUGAUGGCGAGAAUGGCAGGCGUCUCACACAGCAAGCUCGGCCAACGCGCAAAGCAGGCAAAAAGGCCAUGGAAGACAUUGCUCGCGAGCAGCAACGUAUCAAACGGAACAUGCAGCUCACCCAUCAGGCUAAAACAAAGAAGAAAUAUGCGCUCAAAGAUCUCCUUCCAAAGUUUGGUCUUGCUCAGGUUGAGUCGGAAUUGGUGCCAGCCUCGGCCAUGCCUACUCCUGCCGCGAGCUCAGUAAUGGCCUCCUCAGACGCGGAAGCAGAUCCCGCGCACGAUACACCGGCAACAAGCCCAGAAAGGGGGCAGAAUGGAACAAUGAAAGCUGACCAUAUGGAGCGCUCUGCAUCAGCAAAUCAACAACCCAAACUUCCGUCAGAACCAGGUUCGCCCGCAGCAAGUCCCCCAGGCCAGCUCGAUAAAGGCAAGGGACGUGCUCCAGAGUUUGCCCACGUUCCGGUAAACCCGCUGGUGUUGCAAUCACAGCAGCUGCAACAAAAUGCUCAACGUCGGAGCAAGAGUCCAUUGCGGGCAGCGCUCGUUCAACUAUCUGAUUCGGACGACGAUUUGGUAAUCCAACCUCCCAGCCGGUUUCCUGUCUUCGACAAGUUACCGCAGAAGAAACAGCGUGAACCCACAUCAAUGCUGCAUCUUCGUCACCUCGCACAUCUCACCUCUCCCGGAAAGAAAGUGCCCAAGGGCCAGAAGUCGAUGAGCAUGUCGGAGUUGCAGUCCAGACUGGCUCGGAAGGCUCGUGAGCAGGCUCAAAGAGAGCGCCAGGAGAAGAUUGAAGAUCUGAGACGCCGAGGCAUUCGUAUUGAAACCGAAGAAGAGCGUGAGAGACAGCAGUUGGAAAUCGAAGAUCUCGCUGCGCAAUUGGAAAAGGCGAGGGAGAGGGAGUUGAAGCUUGCCAAGCGGGAGCGAGAAGAAGCCAAGAAGAAUGGUGAGAAGGCGGACGACUUACUCUCUAGCGAUGAGUCCGGAGACGAGGACUAUGUUGGAAGUGAAGAGGAGCAGGUUGGGUUGCCGGAAGGGCAGGAGGAGGCUGCCGAUCUUGAGCUAUCUGGCUCCGAAGAGGAAGAGGAGAGUGAGGAGGUCGAUGAGGACGAUGUUCAGGAUGAGAUGCAACAGGAGACAAAUGAGUUGCUGGACGAUGCCGCAGACGAGGCGGUGGAAGAGGAAGCAGGGGAAGCUAAUAUUGAAGGUUCACAUGUGAUACAAGCCGAUGACGAUGAAGAUGUGGACGAAGUGCCGCAGGCUCGCGCAGGGUAUCGCGCAGCAGGAAGGUCCCGCAACGUCAUUGUGGAUGACGAUGAACAGAGUGACGAUGAGGCCCAAAGCAAGCCAUCCGCCACCCCAGUACCGGCCUUGCCUACUCAGACUCAGACCGAUGACAUAAUGGCCGCAUUUGGCUUCGCAAACGCAGGUGAUGGCCCUGGCCUUACUCAAAUGUUUGCUGGGACAAUGGCGGCUCUGGAAACCGGAGCCCAGCAUGCCCAUCCACUCGACAAAGAACCCGAACAGGAUUCCCUCGACUUUCUCCGCAGUCUGCCCGACACCCAACCUGGAGAUGUAGCUGGCAGCAUCUCUGACAUGCUCGUGCCAAAUAGCCAAGGAGCUGAAACGCAGCAACUAGAGUCACAGUUCAGCUUGGGCAUCAGUCAGGUCUUGAAGUCUACUCCUGCGCUGAUGCAGACUCAACAAUCUGAUACAUUUGAGCCGACGCAGGAUGCUGGCUUCGAAUUGUCUCGCUCGCCUGCAGGUCUGGCGGCUCCACACUCUACUGUCGAAACGGUGCUGAUGGGAGGGCCUGACUCCCCGAAUUUGAAGAAGAAGGGCAGGCUCCACCAACGUAAGCCAGCUGCUAUGACCGAGCUUUCGGAUGUCGAGGAGCCGGAAGGCGCUGCAAACUCUGGCGCUGAAAAUGGAGUGCCGGAAACCGAGGAGGCUUCCAAUGCCUUCAAGGUCCCCGCCAAAGGAGCGAAGAAGCAGAAGAAGAGGGAAGACAAGUUCAACAAGAAGACCAGCUGGGCUCGUGACGCUGUCGAAGAGCAAGCCGAGGAAUCAGAAGACGAAUAUGCCGGUCUCGGAGGAGCCAGUGACGAUGACAGUGGGGAGGAAGACGAGGAGCUCGCGAAGAUGAUUGACACCAACGACGUCAAGGUUGACGAGCGCAAACUUGCUGCGUAUUUCGCUGAAAAAACAAAAGCAGAUGAUGAAAAGAACAUCAAUCAACUCUACAAGGACCUCAUGAACGGCGGUCUCCGCAAGCGCAGAAGCGGGGACGGGUUCGACAUGUCCGACUCCGAGGACGAAGCCGAACAACGUCGCAGAAAGAAACGCCAGGAUUUCCAAAAGAUGACGCGUGCUCUUCUCGCCGAUGAACGUGUGGGCAAAAUCGCACAGAACCCUAAGCAACAGGCCUUCUUCCACACCAUGGCCGAUCACUUUGAGGAUCCGGAGUAUGAGUUCUUAGACGCGCCAGAGUUGGAUGUCAAUGCGGAGACUGCACAGUCCCAGUCCGAUAAGGACCAAGCAGACGCAGAAGACGCAGACAUCACCAUUCCCGACUCCCAAACCGCCGAAACCCCGGCUCCUAUGAACCCCUUAAAACGCAAAGCCCUCCCCAACUCCCAAGACGACAAAGAAAACCGACCCCCUCCCCACCUCCGCCGCACAGCCCGUACAGAGGGCAUCGCCAGGAAACCCAUGACAUUAGCAGGUGUCCAGCACUCGGUCGCCGAGCUGCUAGAAGAUCCGCAUAUCGUGGUCCCGGACUCCCAACUCACUGACUCGGAGCCGGAAGUCGAGGUUGAGGUCGCAAGACCGGCUUCUAGAAAACCGAUUAUUGAUCGCUUGAAUAUGUCCCGCGCCGCCGCGUCUGUGACAACAAAGACGGUCGCUGAGGGUCUCGCAUUCGUUGCCCCGUCCGCAGGUGCUGUGCCUGGGUUCCGCGUCCCGGCUCUCGUGCGUAGGGCUACUAAUAAUAGCAAUAUCUCAGGGAUGUCGGUGAGUACGUCUUCUUCGGGCCGUAGUACGCCUCUUGAAGGCAGCGGUGUUAGGAGAGGCGGGACGGGGAGGAGCAAUAUCCAUGCGCAAGCGAGGGAGGCGGAGAGGAGGGCGGCGUUGGAGAAGGUGGAGAGAAAGAGGAAGGAGGAGCUGAAGAUGAAAGUGCAGCGGAAGAGGGGUGAGGGGAGUGUGUUGAAGGCUUUGGAUGGAGGGUUUGAAUAAGGGGGAUUUGAUGCUGUGGUUCACCUUUGUGGUAUAGGAGUUUGGGUUCAUGCACGUUAGCGAGUCUUUCUGGGAGAGACACUAUUCAUCCGUUUCUUCUAGGCCUUCUGCGUGCCUGAGAAUUCGGCAUACGUGGCUUGCCUGAAAUGAGAAAACUGUAUUGAUUGUUAUCGUUCAUAUU